AUGGAAACCAGACCUGGGUCAUCCAACGUUACAGUUUCUUCAGGAUUAUCGUCGAACUCCAGACAACCUUCGAAUAUUUCCGUUACGCAAACUAAAACUCCAGAAACAGUAUAUGCUCGACCGAUUUCACUAAACGAAAUCGAGAUAGGGAGGUCAGAGAGUAAUGUAAUUAUUUCAACUGAAUCAUGGGACACGGCCAAAGUAAAAAAUAGUUAUACAUCGAUGGCAUGUUCAUUACUCCUGGCAGUAUACGACUUGAGAACAUUACUCCAAAGUAAUGUAAAUGGUGGAAAAUGUAAAGUAACCAAGAAAAAAAAACCAGAACAACAUAAGACGCUGGAUGCUAAUCUCUUGAGAGCCAUCAAAUAUACUGUUCGAGAAAAGUUUCCGAAUCAAUAUAAGGAAGCGGCGCUAAACACUGCUAUUACCAAUAAGCUAAAUGCAUUAAGAACAAAAAAUCGAGUACAAAUUAACCGGGAAAACAAUACGAGGUCAGAAGAAAGUGACUAA